GUUGGCAACUUUGCUAUAUCAGCUGGCCUGAACCGUUUUUCAUUGGCUAAUCUAAGUGCGAUUUUCCGAACAUCUAGCUUCUGUUAUUGGUUGAAAACUGAAAAGCAAACUCAGCGGUAAAAUAUAGAAAUAUAUUUCGGUGGUACACGCCGAUUGCAGCUAGUGAAAUAUAUAUUGCUAGCGGCCAUCAGUGUGAAUUCUUUACACUAUGGCGUCCGUCAUGUAAUAUGGGACGGCACAUACGUAAUAUCUAUACGUAUGUAUAUACCGAAGUUUUCUCCUGAUGUCUGAACGGUGCAUUAUCAACAACUCGAAAUAACCUAUAAGCCACGGGCUGAUAUUCUACUGUAAAAAACGCAAAUGUAUGUCAUACAGCGCGGCCUACAGCGCUCCUUGCAUGGCAAAGACUUCCUUUCAGCCACAUGGAGCAUGCUGCGCUAUACUUUCGACAAAUCCACUCAUACGAGCAGGUGCGCGUCUCCAAGCGUAGACGAAGCAUCCGCGCUGUUUUCCACUUCGGCAUUUUUCGACGCUGCUAACAAGAACAGCUCAAAAAAAAUAACCAUGGACGAUCGAUUGGUUUGGAUUGAUAUGGAAAUGACUGGGCUAAACGUAGAAAAGUGCCACAUAAUGGAAAUUGCUUGUCUCAUCAGUGACUCCAAUCUUAACAUUGUUAGCGACGAUUUCCAUGUUGUAGUACAUCAGCCAGACGAUAUUCUUGAGGCCAUGAAUGACUGGUGCAUAGCUCAGCAUGCCAAGACUGGUUUGACCGCCGAGUCUCGCGCCAGUAAGGUUUCAUUGCGAGAAGCUGAAGAGCUUACACUAGAAUUUUUAAAGACCAACGUACCUGAGAAACUGUGUCCUGUAGCAGGAAACAGCGUGUGGAUGGAUCGGGUGUUCAUUCAAAAGUAUCUGCCUCUUGUACACAAUUACGUGCAUUACAGGAUCAUCGACGUUUCGACUAUCAAGGAACUCAUGAGACGAUGGUGUCCUAAUCAAUAUGCCCGUGUACCCGCCAAGAAGUUCAACCAUCGAGCCCUUGACGAUAUUAAAGAGAGUAUAAAUGAACUCAAGUAUUACAAAUCUCAGUUAUUUGAUGUUGCAAAUUUAACGCACAUUCUAGAACGACCGGAAAAUUCUGAGGGCCGAUAACAUUCACAGAAUGUACAUACAUCGUUUAUCUGCAAUUAGAAAUUGCAACAAUAUUCUUGCAGCAGUUAAUAAUCUGGUAAUACAGUUAAUUUAAAUUCUGACGACAACAAUUCUCUUUUAUUUAUUUACAGAGACAGAGUGAUACAAAAUUGAAACCACACUGUGUACAUAUAUUCAAUUUAAAUAAAUGAAUUUUAAAAUCC